AUCAACGUAAUUUUUAUCACAGGAUGUUGAGGAAGUGGUGGAGGAAAGGAAGAGUGAUGAACCGAUUAUCAAGGAUAAAUCUAAAGGAAAAAAGAGCAAGGCAAUGGCUAAAGCUGGAACAGGAAAGUAUCAAUGGCAGAUUAUGAGAUCCCUGGGACUCCAGGACGACGAGAUUAAAAACUUUGCUGAUGUCAAUCACUGGCUUCAAUACUUUCCACCCAAAACAGAAGCAGACCUCAGGGCUAUGGGUCUUCGCGUUGAUUGGCGUAGAAGCUUCAUCACGACCGACGCAAAUCCGUUCUAUGAUUCCUUCGUUAGAUGGCAGUUCAUUAAGCUGAAGGAGAGGAACAAGAUUAAGUUUGGAAAGCGCUACACCAUCUAUUCGCCCAAGGACGGACAACCGUGCAUGGAUCACGACAGGAGUUCAGGAGAAGGAGUUGGUCCACAGGAGUACACCCUUGUAAAGAUGAAGGUCAUAAAACCCAGUGGAGUACUGGAGAAGUAUAGUAAGGAUGGAGUCUACCUUGUUGCAGCUACUCUUAGACCGGAGACAAUGUACGGACAGACAAACUGCUGGGUCAGGCCGGAUAUGGCGUAUGCAGCAUGCAGGUUGAAGAGUGGUGAGGUGUGGGUGUGUACUAAGCGUGCUGCUAGGAACCUCUGCUACCAAGGGUUCAUGAAGGAGGAAGGAAACCCUUCAAUCUUGCUGGAACUGACAGGACAAGAUAUUCUAGGACUAGCUCUCUCCGCUCCUCUAGCUCAUUACAAAAUCAUCUACACACUGCCUAUGCUAACCAUCAAGGACGACAAGGGUACUGGUGUAGUGACGAGUGUUCCUAGUGAUAGUCCGGACGACUGGGCCGCCCUCAGGGACUUGAAGAACAAACAACCUUUCAGGGAAAAGUAUGGACUCACGGAUGAGAUGGUUCUUCCCUUCGACCCUGUUCCCAUCAUUAACAUCCCUGACUUCGGCGACCUCGCUGCUGUCACCGUCGUCGACAAGUUAAAAAUCCAGAGUCAGAACGACCGGGACAAGUUAGCGGAGGCGAAAGAGAUGGUUUACUUGAAGGGGUUCUACGAGGGAACUAUGGUGGUUGGGGAGCACAAGGGGAAGAGUGUACAGGACGCUAAACCUUUGAUAAAGAAGGAACUGGUGGAUAUGGGGUCUGCUGUCACCUAUAUGGAACCAGAGAAAACUAUCAUCUCAAGGUCCCAGGAUGAGUGUGUAGUUGCACUAUGUGAUCAAUGGUACCUGGAUUACGGUGAUGCUGAAUGGAAGAAGGGAACCAAGGAGGCCCUGGACAGGAUGAACACCUUCAGCGACGAUGUGAGGAAAAAUUUUGAAAUGACGCUGGGUUGGCUCCAGGAGCAUGCUUGCAGUAGAACGUACGGGCUUGGAAGUAAAAUGCCGUGGGAUGAAUCCUGGCUGAUCGAAGGAUUGUCGGACUCCACCAUCUACAUGGCGUACUAUACCGUAGCUCACCUUCUCCAGGGGGGGACCUACGACUCUAGUAAGCCUAAUGUUCUGAAUAUCAAGGCUGAAGAAAUGAGCCUGGAUGUCUGGGACUAUAUUUUCCUGAAAGCUCCGUUCCCUGCCGAAACCAAGAUCCCUAAACAAGCCUUGGAUAGAUUGAAACGUGAGUUUGAAUACUGGUAUCCUUGUGAUAUCCGUGUAUCCGGGAAGGAUUUAGUUCCGAACCAUCUCACGUAUACGAUCUACAAUCAUGUCGCAAUGUGGCCGGAUACUCCAGAGAACUGGAUCCAGGGUAUCCGAGCUAACGGUCAUCUUCUUCUCAACUCGGAGAAAAUGUCCAAAUCUACCGGAAACUUCUUGACCCUGAGUGAGGCGAUCAACAAGUUCUCGGCGGAUGGGAUGAGACUGGCGUUGGCAGAUGCCGGGGACUCCGUCGAGGAUGCAAAUUUUGUAACAUCUUCCGCCGAUGCUGGUAUCCUCCGCCUUUACACCUUUAUUGAAUGGGUGAAGGAAACCCUGGCGGAUGAAAGUUUAAAAAAGAGAACUAAACCAAACUUCCACGAUGAUGUGUUCUUGAAUGAAAUGAACUUGAAGCUGGCGCAGGCGCACGAUGCUUACGAUAAACUGUUGUUCAAGGAGGCCUUGAAGACAGGAUUCUUUGAACUGCAAACUGCUCGAGAUAAAUACCGUGAGCUGUGUGGGGAGGAUGGUAUGUGUCGGGAUCUUAUCCUCAAGUAUAUUGAAUGGCAGUGUAUAAUCCUAUCUCCUAUCUGUCCUCAUGUAUGCGAGCAUAUCUGGGGUUUACUGCGUAAACCGGAAUCUAUCCUCUCUACUGACUGGCCUAAGGCCGCCAAGGUUAAUUUGACUGUGAUUCAACAGUCAGAAUACCUAAUGGAGGCUGUUAGAGAUUUCAGAUUGAAGCUGAAGGCUGCCCUAGCUCCGCCCAAGGCUAAGAAAGGUCCCGCCCCUGCUGCAAGUGAACCUCCAACCCACUGCACUGUGUAUGUAGCGAAGUCCUACCCAACCUGGCAGUGUACUAUUCUGGACACCUUGAAGGAGAUGUACAAGACGGGGGUCCCGGACAAUAAGGCAAUCAGUGUAGAGAUGGGUAAACUCCCGGAGCUCAAGAAGUUCAUGAAACGCGUCAUGCCUUUUGUUGCGUUCAUGAAGGAGAAGGUUGAGAGUUCCGGGUUGUCUGCUCUAGAGAGUUCCCUCCCCUGGGACGAGAUGAAGGUUCUCGAGGAAAACCUAGAGUACAUCGUCAACAGUCUGCAGUUAGAGGGUUGCAAGCUAUCCUGGAGUACGGAGCUAGGAGAGAAAGGAGAGGAUUGUAAACCUGGACAACCUCUAAUAGCGUUCAGGUCGGAGCCAAGUGUAAAGAUGACCCUAACCAACAACCAGCCGCACUCUGGUCUGUUCAGCCUAGAUUUAGGAAUCCUAGACGGGGACACUGUCAACAAGAUCACCACCAGGCUCUCCAGAACAGAGAGAGCUGUCAAAGACGGCAAGAAGAUAUCUCUAUACCGCUGGACGGAUUCAACUCUGGGUCCCAGGAAAGUACCAAACCUUGAGAAUCAGCUCCAGGGUCUCACGUUGAUACCUAGCGAGGCAUCCUUCUCAGUAGAUCUAACGAAAGGCGUGGUCAGCUGUGAUGGAGUGGAGCUGGGGGCGGGGAUUGUUUACAGAUCCAUGGAUUAGUUGAUUGUUAUCAUUUUGCAAAUAUAUAAAUAAUACAAACAGCAAAACAAUGUUUUUAAGAACACUUGUGAUAAUAUUUAAA